CCAAUAUUUGGUACUUUUUCCUUUUUUCUCGUUCCUCUCCCGCUCUCGCUGUGAUACAAAAUCUUGAAAUUGCAGUCCGUUCUCCAAUCAAGAACAAUAAACUCUCUUUCCAUUUUUUCUAGGUUUCCCAAUGGCCGUUCCCCUUUUCAAUCUGGCUCCGGAUUUAACUGUCUCAAAACUCUGCCUCGGAACCAUGACUUUUGGUGAGCAGAACUCUAUGGUCCAGUCCUUUCAACUUUUAGACAAAGCCUUCGAUGCUGGAAUCAACUUCUUCGAUUCUGCCGAAAUGUAUCCAGUACCUCAGCGUGCGGAAACCCAGGGGAGGAGCGAGGAUUACUUGGGCCGUUGGGUUAGAGAGAGAAAAAUUCCCAGGGAUCGUGUUGUCUUGGCCACAAAGGUGACAGGGCCAUCUGGACAGAUGACCUGGAUUCGAGGAGGGCCAAAGUGUCUGGAUGCCAGGAAUAUCACUGAGGCCAUUGACAGUAGUUUGUCCAGAAUGCGAACGGACUUCAUUGACCUUUAUCAAAUUCACUGGCCUGACCGCUAUGUUCCCAUGUUUGGAGAAACUGAAUAUCAUCCUGUCCGACAAUUCAGUUCAGUACAUAUAGAGGAACAACUUCAUGCUCUAGGUAGAGCUAUUGAUGCUGGUAAGAUCAGAUAUGUUGGACUCAGCAAUGAAACACCUUAUGGCAUCAUGAAGUUUCUUCAGGUUGCCGAAAGUGGUGCUGGAUAUCCAAAGAUAGUAUCUGUGCAGAACUCAUACAGCUUGCUUUGCCGAAAAUUUGACUCUGGAAUGGCUGAGUGCUGUCACCACGAGAGGAUAAGUUUAUUGGCCUAUAGCCCUCUGGCAAUGGGCAUGCUUUCUGGAAAGUAUUUCUCACCUGAUGGUGGUCCAGCAGAUGCUCGUUUGAAUCUUUUUAAAGGAAGGUAUUCGGAAGGGGAAUCAAGAUACAAUCUGUCCAACACCACAAUUAGAGAUGCCGCCAAAGGAUACCUUGACAUCGCAAGAAAAUAUGGUGUUCAUCCUGUGUCAAUUGCAAUUGCAUUUGUUUUGAGACACCCUCUUGUCGCCAGUGCUGUUUUUGGGGCAACAAAGUUGUGGCAGCUCCAACAAGUCAUCAAUGCAUGUGAAGUCAAGCUCAAUCCUGAAAUAAUUGCGGAUGUUGACAAGGUCCAUUCAAGGUUUCCAAACCCUUGCCCCUGAUGAACUCUCAAACCGGCUAGAAAAGAUUCUGAAUUUUGGAAGUGGGAAUAUUCAGAACAUCAAAUUAGUUAAACCGGGGAGCAUGGAUAUAUCAAUCGGGCAAGUACAGCAUUGUUUGGCACCAUAGGGGUGACCACCUGCAUGGGCUGGGUACCGGAAGGUGUAGACCUGGGGCCAGAGUCCAGACAACAACUGUACGUGACAAUGCAUAGUUAGUACACAGUAUCGUCAUGUUUGUGGGGUUAAAUAUUGAUUGAACGUGUAUGAUUUAUUGUAGUACAGACAGAAAAGAAGAUAAUGUAAUGGUUUUGCCAAAUGAGAGCAGCCGUUGACAAACAGCUUAAACUCAAA